AUGCCUUCUACUUGUCCACAAACCCCUAUCCCCAUUGCCAUUAUUGGCAUGGGCUGCAGACUACCCGGAGGUGCCGACAGCCCCUCAAAGCUCUGGGACCUCCUCUCCAACGACCGCACAGCCUGGCAAGAUGUUCCACCAGAUCGUUGGAACUGGGAAUCCUUUCACCACCCUUACUCAGAUUCCCAGGAGGGCCACAAUCAACGUGGUGGUCACUUCAUCCAACAAGACAUUGGCGCCUGGGAUGCCAAGUUCUUUGGAGUCUCCCCCAAUGAAGCAAAAGCCAUUGAUCCUCAGCAACGUAUCCUCCUUGAGACUUCAUACGAGGCUCUCGAGAAUGCUGGUAUCCCACUUGACAGCAUCCGUGGAUCUGACACGGCUGUUUACGUCGCGACGUUUAGUCAAGAUUGGGAGACGAUGAUGAUGAAGGACACACACAAUCUGGCCAAGUAUCACGUAACAGGAACUCACAAGGCCAUCGUGGCCAACCGCAUUUCAUACCUCUUUGAUUUCAAGGGUCCUUCACUUUCCUUGGAUACAGCGUGCUCUGGAGGUCUAGUGGCGCUUCACCAGGCUUGCCAGGGUCUUCGAAAUCGAGAAUCGAAAAUUGCACUUGUUGGAGGAACCAAUCUCAUUCUAUCUCCGGAGUUUAUGUUUGGAAUGAGCUUUCUCAAUAUGCUUAAUGAUGACGGCAAGAGCUACUCAUUUGAUGAGCGUGGCUCUGGUUAUGGAAGAGGAGAAGGCGUUGCUACCCUUGUCCUCAAGCGUCUUGAUGACGCUCUUGAAGAUGGCGACCCAAUCCGUGCCGUGAUCCGUAACACGGGUGUUAAUCAGGACGGCAAGACAAACGGCAUCACAUACCCAAGCGCAGAGUCUCAAGAGAUGCUCACAAGAGCCGUCUACCAUCAAGUUGGGCUUGACCCCAAAGAGACGGCUUACGUGGAGGCUCACGGCACGGGCACGAUUGCCGGGGACAAGAUUGAACUUGGCGCCAUUCAAAAGGUGUUUUGUCCCAAUAGGAACUCGGAGCUCUAUGUUGGCAGCGUCAAGGCGAACAUGGGACAUCUGGAGUGUACCAGUGGACUUGCGGCAGUCAUCAAGACUGCCUUGAUCCUUGAGAAGGGGUACAUCCCUUCCGUGCCGAGCUUGGUCAACUUGAAGAAGAGUUUACGGGAUAUUGACAAAUAUGGAAUCAAGAUACCGCAACAACUUCAACCGUGGCCAUCAAACGCCAUCCGCAGAGCCUCGGUCCAGAAUUUCGGCUUUGGUGGGACCAACGCUCACGUCAUUCUCGAGGCCUUGGACGCCUCAACUCGAACGAAUGGGGAGGCUCAUACCAACGGCGUCAACCAUAUGGAGAAGCGUUCGGCGCCCCCUCGACUUUUUGUCUUCUCUGCCAAGUCGAAAGACUGUCUGCGUUCGAACCUCAGCGAGCUCCAGAAGUGGGUGAGCCCACGUCAAGACACGCUCGAUCUUGGUGAUCUUGCCCAUACACUGGCCGCUCGCAGAAGCCUCAUGGCUUGGAGAGCUAGCUACGUUGCCUCAUCGGCAGAAGACUUGACUUCCUCCCUCGAACGUCUAUCCUUGACAAGAUCCUCGAGACACCCGCCGGUUGUCUUUCUCUUUACUGGCCAGGGAGCUCAAUGGUUUGCCAUGGGCCGCGAGCUACUGCAGGCCACCAACCCGUCUGUCUUUCGAGACUCUAUCUUCAAGUCUGACGAGAUCUUGAAGUCUCUUGGCCUCACAUGGAGCCUGGUUGAAGAACUCCAACGAGACAAGGCCUCUUCGCAGAUCGACAAGAGCGAGUUUGCGCAGCCAGCUAGCACGGCAAUCCAGGUUGCCCUUGUUGAUUUUUUGAAACAUCUUGGCAUCCUACCUGAGGCUGUUGUCGGUCACUCAAGUGGAGAGAUCGCAGCAGCCUAUGCGGCUGGGGCUUUGACCCAGCAAGAAGCUUUGACUGUCUCGUUCUGUCGAAGCCAGAUUGCUUCCUGGUGUCAUGAGAUGAUUCCCACGCGAGGUGCCAUGCUUGCGGCUGGACUAGGUGAAGCUUCCAUCUUGCCUUACAUCCAACAGGUUCCCUACUCGCGUGGAAUCGUGUCGGUUGCGUGCAUCAAUAGUCCAGUUAGCACGACCUUGACUGGCGACAAGGAGGCAGUUGAGUAUCUGCAAAAGUUGCUAGAAAAGGCCUCUGUUUUCAACAGGCUUCUCAAGGUUGACACAGCUUAUCAUAGCCACCACAUGAGGACGGUGGCUCCCAGAUAUCUCGACGCACUUGGUGAAGUUCGCGGAACCACCCUGUCAUCGACUGGAGUCCGCUUCUUUUCUUCCGUCACCACUAUGGAAAAGACGUUCGGGUUUGGGUCCGAAUACUGGGUCAAGAACCUCGUGUCGCAAGUUCGAUUUAGUGAAGCCCUCGAAAGUCUCUGUCGUUGCCUCCGCCAGGAGAACUCGGGCAUCAUGAAUCCCGUCUUCAUCGAGAUUGGUCCUCAUGCAGCUCUCAAGGGUCCGUUCGGACAGACCCUCAAGGCUCUGAAUUUGGCCAACUUUGACUACGAGUACACGUCAGCGCUGGUUCGUCUUCAAGAUGCCCGUCAGUCCGUUCUUUCUGCGGUCGGAAAGCUGUUCGAACUGGGCUACCCUGUGAAUGUCGAUACUGCCAACUCUCUCGGGUCGCCCUCGCUCCCCGCCAAGGUCAUCUCAGAUCUGCCUACUUACUGCUGGGACCAUUCAGCCAAAUACUGGCACGAAUCUCGACUCAGCAAGGAGUAUCGGCUGCGUCAGCAUCCCUACCAUGACCUUCUGGGUCUGAGAGUAAUCAGCGGCAACUCGAUUGAUCCCACUUGGCGACAAAUUCUCGGCGUUGAUCGUCAGCCAUGGCUCGCCGACCACGUUAUUGAUGGCUUCAAGAUCUUUCCGGGAUCAGGCUAUGUCUGCAUGGCCAUUCAAGCAGCAUGGCAACUUGCCGAGGACACCAAGAAAGCCGACAAGGUCAGUCACAUCAGACUGAAAAAUGUCCGCUUCAUCAAGGCCCUCGUGAUCCCGGAUAGCCUGGACACUGUUGAAGUCCAAAUCAUUCUCCGCCGAGGCCCCUCAACCUGGCGUGAGUUUGUUGUUGCGGCACUUUCCGCAGAGGGACAGUGGUCUGAGCACUGCCGAGGUCUAGUCACGGCUGAGUACGGCUCCCAAGAAAACGAAGUAGAGGGCACUCGAGAGGCGGACAUCGCUUCAGAUAUACGGGCCCAGUGGGUGCAAAACGCUCGCGAGUCUUGCAAGACAGAGGUCGACCAUGACACCAUCUACUCCAACCUCGAGCGAAACGGAAAUUUCUACGGUCCAACAUUUGCUGACAUUGUCCAUUUGAACCUCGGGGAUCAUGAAGCGGUCGCAACGGUCCGUGUCCCGGAUGUCCAAAGUCACAUGCCUGGUCAGUUCAUGCAGCGUCACCUCAUUCAUCCAACCACUUUGGACGCAAUCACGCAUGUCUUUCUCCCCCUCCAAGCCAUCUAUCAUAAGUCAGGAUCUGUCAUGCCCACCUCCAUCGGAGAGAUUGUUAUUUCACCGACUGUUCCAAACCAAGCCGGACGAGAACUCGAGGUCGUGGUUGGCUUGCUUGCCACUGGAGCCAAGAUUGCCGUCCUUGAAAAGGGCGAGACAGAUCUACGGGCGGAGCCAGUUGUGAGCAUGUCUAACCUGGAGACUGUGGUGAUCGGAGAGGGGCAAAAGUCGCCUGAUGAGGAUCAUGAGCGAAAUACUGUUCUUCACGUCGACUGGGAGACAGACGCCGACUUCUUCUCUGGACCAUCACUGAGACCGACGACACCACCUGGAAAGGCAGCUAUCGAUCACCAUGUCGUCCUGGCACGAGGUGCAGCUUUGCACAUCAGAUCGUGCAUCACCAACAUUUCUCGAGAUGAUGAGGGAUUUGACCCAUCAGCCCUGACGGGCUACCGAAAGCAUCUCUUCAAAUGGAUGCAGGAUUACAACUCGUCACAAGCGAGCAAGAUGCUACUAGCGGAUGUCUCCAUGAUCUCGGCUAUCGAGAUUCUCUCGUCGCUCCCGAAGCUAAGUGUGGAGGGAGAUCUCCUCUCCACAAUCGGCCCGAAUUUGAUCUCCAUCGUCAAAGGAGAAAUGGAUCCUUUGCCACUGCUCCUCGAAAAGGGCAGACUCGGCCAAGUUCAAGAAAACAUUGAGACGGGACGAAAGCUCGGAGUCCACGUCAGUCAAUAUAUUUCAUCUUAUGCGAUCAAAAGACCUCGCAUGAAGGUUUUGGAAAUUGCAUCGAGCACCGGCUACCAUACUGGUGAUAUCCUCAAGGCGUUCGAUGGGCGAAACAUACAGUCUUAUGACUUGACCGAUGUAUCGCUUUCGCUUUUGCAACAACUCAAGUCUCCCUUUGCUCAACAUGAAGGCGUCAACCUCAAGGCUCUCGACAUCAACCAAGAUCCAUUUGACCAAGGAUUUGGACCCGACUCUUACGACGUAGUGAUUGUCAACAACGUGCUGCGCAUCGCCGACUCUUUGGAUGAGGCUGUCAAUAAUGCACGCAAGCUUUUGGUUCCCGGCGGCGCUCUUGUUCUCCUCGGGAUGAGAGACCCAUCACCAACAUACGGACUCAUAUUUGGUAUGAUGGAGAGCAUGUGGUCAAGCCAACAUACUGACCAACUGCCACUCCCUUCACCAGCCGAGUGGGAGCAUGUCCUUUCAAUCAACAGCUUCAGUGGUCUUGAGCCCGCGACGAAAACGUUUGACAGAGUUGGCCAGUCCUGCUACUGCGUCAUCUCAACUGCUCUAGCUUCAACAACCCGCAAAAGAAUGCCAGUCAACAUAAUCACCAACACUGAAGGGAAACUCCUGAACUUUGCUGGCCAAUUCUCGUCAAUUCUGGCAACCAACGGCAUGGCAUCGUCCAUUUCAGGCCUCACUCAGCACAAAGUUGUCCCAGAGUCUCUGUACGUCGUUCUCGACGAGGGAUCCGAUCCACUCUUGGCCAACCCAUCCUCAGCGAGAUUCUCAGAGCUCAAGACACUUGCCCUCAAGGCCAAGUCUGUUCUCUGGGUCAGCAUGAGAGCAGACGGCGCGAACUCUUCCUCGGGGGCCGACAUGAACAUGGUGACUGGCUUCACGCGCGUGGCACGCAAAGAGAAUGAGUCGCUGAAGCUGGUUUCACUGGUCGUGAAGCAAGAUUCUCCUGCAAACCUGGACAUUCUGCGUGUCAUGCUUCGCAUCAUGGAUAUCUCUUUCUAUCAACAGAGAAGCCCUAGUUGUGAACUGGAGUACGAGUACAGCGACGGCAGAGUGCUCGUUCCCCGAGUCAGGGCGGCGGCAAAUUAUCAGCGAUGGAUUCAAAGCAAGACAGACGAGACCACGACAGAUGCCACACCUUUUAUCUCACCAGAGAGACCUCUGAGGAUGGAGAUUGCAACACCUGGGCUGUUGAGAAGCAUUCGGUUCACCGAUGAUGAGCCUCGUGGCAUCUUGGGCCCAUUCGAUGUUGAGGUCGAAGCCAAAGCUUAUGGGGUGAACCCAACGGACGUGGACACAGCUCUCGGCCAUGUCAGCGAGCAAGUCAAAGCAACAGCAGUCUCAGAGUGGGCCGGUGUAAUCACAGCUGUUGGGACUGGCCUUCGUGAUCAAUGGAAGGUCGGAGACAGAGUGUUCGGUCUCGGAGGCACGGCUCCAUUCGCGAGUAAUCCGAGCAUCCCAAACCCGACUCUUAUGCGCAAGAUUCCAUUCUCGAUGGCCUUUUCUGAAGCUGCUUCGCUCUUGACGGCGUUUGUGACGGCUUACCAUUCGCUAACUAACGUCGCAAAGCUCGAGGCUGGUCAGAGUAUCCUGAUCCACGCCGCGGACGAACCAACUGGUCAAGCUGCCAUCAUGAUGUCACAGAUGAUGGGCGUGGAGAUCUUCGCUACGGUCAAAGACUCUGAGGGGAGGACAUUGAUCAAAGACGAAUUCCACAUCUCAGAAAGUCACAUCUUCUCGAACCAAUUUUCGACCUUCAGAGAAGGAGUGAUUCGCCAGACAGCCGGAAAGGGCGUGGACGUAAUCCUCAACUCCCUUGCAGGCUCCAGAUUCGAAGACAGUUGGGCAUGCCUCGCGGGUUUUGGAACCUUUAUCGAUAUUGGAUACGGUGAUAGCCCAUUGACAAUGACGACGACUGACAAGAAUGCUGUUUUUGUGUCACUCAACUUGGGGCUCCUGGUCCAUCGUCGACCACAGGUCAUUGGAGAGGUCUUAGAUAAGGUCAUGGAGCUUUUUAGCAGUGGUCGUCUGAGUCUUGUUUCUCCGAUCAUCAGGAUGCCCAUGUCGGACAUUGAAGACGCUUUCCGACUGCACUCUAAGACCCAGGGCAAGAUUGUCUUGGAGGCUGAUGACGGAGCUCUAGUCAAAGCUACAGUUCCUCGACCGGCACCUUUGAGGCUUUCGCCAGACGCGACUUAUGUGAUUGCUGGCGGUCUGGGAAACCUCGGGUUGAAGAUUUGCCCUCUGCUGGCAUCUCACGGCGCAAAACACAUUGUGGCCUUGAGCAGGAGUGGCGCAACGAGGCACUCGGGGCACAGGGAAGCUCUGGAGAAAGAGCUUGAAGUUCUUGGUGCCAAGCUUUACCUCCCAGCGUGCGACAUCAUUGAUGGCGACAAGGUCCAGGAAGUGGCCAAGUGGUGUGCGGACAACCUACCUCCUGUCAGGGGUGUCAUUCAGUCAGCCACUGUGUUCCAGGAUGGUACAUUGGAGAACAUGGAUGCCCAGCUAUUCAACGGAGCAGUUCGUCCAAAGCGGAUCGGUACUCUCAACCUGCAUUCAGCCUUUGACAGCGAUAACCUCGACUUUUUCGUCAUGGUGUCCUCAGCCGCAGCGAUCUUAGGGACCAAAGGACAAGCCCACUACAACUCGGGCAACUCGUUCGAAGAAGGCUUUGCGAGACAGCAGCUCGCAGCUGGAUCCAGGACGCACUUUACGACAAUCAUGCCGGCGUUGAUUGGCGGUUCUGACGCUGAUACGACUGGUCCAGAGCGGAGACAGAUGCUCUUUAGACAGGGAGCUACUAUUGUGGAGUUUGACGAGGUCAUCUCCAUGAUUGAGUACGCGGUUGGCACGCAGGCUCCUCGUGAUGGGUAUUCGCAGUUGAUUGUCGGUAUUGAUCCCAAUGCGAUUCCCAACGACGGCACAUACAAUUACCCAUUCUUCACCGAUAUCCUUCAGACCAAAGACGUCACGUCAACUGAGGAUGAAACACAACAAGCACCCGCAACUCUCAAUCAGAAGCUCGCAGCUGCCAACACUCUCCAGGAGACUCAUGACGUGGUCUCUGAAGCCGUAGCGACAAAGAUCCGGGAACUCAUCGCCAUUGGCCCGGAUGACAUGAGGUUGGACGUACCUCUUCCUGAUCUAGGCAUCGACUCGCUUGUUGCGAUUGAGAUCAAGAAUUGGAUCGGUAGAGAAUUUGAAGCACCGUUGCAGACGUCUCAGGUUUUGGAUGCUACAAGCAUCAUUACCCUGACUGACACAAUCUUACAAACGUCCAAACGCAUCGGCAAGAACAAGAUGGAUGACACCAGCAAGGCAGUCAGCGAUACUCCAACCACCAACGGCUCAACCACCCAUGGAACCGCCAGCAAUGGUACAGCCACCAGCGGACCCACCAUCAACGGGUCAAGCUCAGUUGAGAAGUCGAACAAGAGCCAAGAGUUGGUGCAAGUAAACAGUCGUCCCAAGCACGGCUUUGACUGUUGUUCCGCAUCCGAGGAACUGCCCAUCCUGCCUCUGCUCGAUCUUGACACGGUUCUCGAUCUAUACUUCGGAGCCAUCAAGCAUCUUCUGACCCCACCGGAGCUCGAGCACAUGGUUACUUUGCUGCAGAGGCUCAGUGAGCCUGGUGGCAUGGGCAGAAAGCUCCACGCCAGACUCAUGGACCGCUUCAAUGACCCAACCAUCGACAACUGGCUCUUCAAGCCAUACCUGGAGACCAUAUUUACAGGUCGCAACUAUCCCGUGUCGCCAUUCAGUACCUUUGCCGGCAGCGAUACACUCAGCAAGUUCCCCCACCGACAAGCAGAGAGGGCGGCCAUCAUCUCUCUCGCAGCACUCGAGUUCAAGCAGAAGCUCGAGGGCGGCAGACUGGAGCCAACCGUCAUUGGUGGUCGACCCCAAUGCAUGUACCUCCACGGGUGGCUGUUCAACUCCUUCAGGGAGGCUCUUCCGGGUAUUGAUGAGAUGCGCAAGAUGCCGUCUGAGAACUACAUUGCGGUACUUAGACGCGGUCACUUGUUCAAGGUCAACCUGACAGAUGAUCAGGGACGGCACGUUCCAUUUGCGAAAUUGGAGUCUAACUUCCAGGCCAUCUUGGAUAAGGUGAAUGAUGAUUCGUGGGUUGGCAUUCUGACGGCAGAUGAACGAGACUCGUGGGCUGAGAUGCGGCAAGCUUUCAAGAACCUGAGCCCGGACAACAAACAAUAUCUCGACAUGGUUGAAGGUGCAGCAUUUGUCGUCAGUCUCGAUGACGGCACACCCACCACGCCCUUCGAGCGAAUGAGGUGCUGGCAGCUCAACGAUGGCUUCAAUCGCUGGUUUGACAAGGGCCUCAAGUUUGUCGUCUGCUCCAACGGAAUGUCUGGAUCCGUCGUCGAACACAGCAUGAUCGAUGGCAUGACAGUGAGAGAACUUUACGACGCCACUAGCUCAGCCAUUCUCAACUAUCGACGCGACGGACCAGAUACACUCGAUUCACGGAAUGGCGUGGAUGACAUUAAGUUAGACGAGUACACUUGGCAAUCUUCCCCGGCCAUCGACCAGCGCAUUAACCAUGUUCGGGCUCGAUACUUGCAGGAAACCUCCAUCAUUGGAUUCACGACCUGGGAAUGCGUCAACUUUGGUCAAGAGUAUCUGCAGCUUCACAAGGUGCCCGCCAAAGGCAUAUUUGAAACGAUGGUCCAGUUGGCAUCCAAGUACUUCCUAGGCGAGAACCAUCCCUGCUGGAGCGCCAUCUCCAUGGGUCAUGCCCACAAGGGUCGCCCCGAGAUCAUCCAAACAUACACGGCUGAGCUCAAAGCCUUUUGCGAUGCAGCCGACAAUUCUUCCAUCGAAGCUCGGAAGCGACAGACGUUGCUGUUCGCCGCUGCAAGAAGCCAUGUUGCCAAUGUCAACCGCGUGCAACAAGGCAAAGGAUAUGAACGAACAAUGUCAGCCAUGCAAACCGUUCUCAAAGACGACGAGGCGAUGCCUGAGAUCUAUAACGAUCCGACUUAUAUCAGCAUGCGACCUCACUGGCUGAUGACUGGUUCGACCGAUCUCGGAGGUUCUGGAGGUGGAGAGUUUGGCAUGGUCCUGCGGUAUCCUGAUUCAGUGUGGGUUCAGUAUGUUGUUGAUGCUGCUUCGGCCAAGUUUUCAAUCGUUACUGGAAGGGAUAGGACGCAGAGGUUCUGCGAGUGCUUGGAGAGGGCAUCCAAGUUGAUCCAUGAGCUUCUCGAGGUGGAGUGA